AUGAGGCCGCUUGCUGCCUUGAAUUCAAAUAUGAACUAUAGGAAGAUGGUAGCAUUUUCUCAAGCUACAGAGAACCAUAAGUUGAAGAAUAGAAUUGAGCGUGAGGGUACCAGCAAGGCCCGGGCCCAGUCAUUAGCAGGAAAGUCAUUUCAGGCCCAAUUAGGGCAGCAAGGGACCCCACCAGUAGGGCCGAUCAGGAGGGAUAUUCCAGCAGCAACGGAGGCCCCCAUCCCCAGGUGUGGGAAGAUGUACUUGGGGAUAUGCUACAUAGACCUACCUAUAUGUUAUGAGUGUGGAUUGAGGGGUCACAUUCAGAGGGAGUGUCAUUCAUCCCGCCGGGGUGCGGGCAAGGGCACAACACAACUAUCCAGUUCUGCAGCUGCUACAUCUUCAACACCCCCUCCACCUCGAGGCACUCCAGUGCCAGUAGGGCGUGAUGUAGCUAGGGGUGGUGCGUAG